AUUUUAGAAAGCUAAAUGGGUUAUAGCCACCCCUAGCCCCCUUAUUCCGCCAUUGCUAUGACCGAUCUCUCUAGUUCAAACCCAGCUCGAUCCAUCGGAUGAAGAAGUUUACUUGAAAGAAACCAAAGAAAAAAGGAAAAGAAAAAAGCCUCGCAGUAUUUUCAAUUGCCUUGUUUAAGUGCCAAGAAGACCAAAACACUCUCUUAAUUCGGCAGCUCACUAUUUAUGACAGCACUAAUUUCUUCCGUUCAACCCACUAACAGAUUCUAACCUGAUAAGCAACCGUACACGUGUCAGCCUGGGUCCUCCCUUUCAUGUCUAAAAUGUUGUCUUUCUGCUUCCAAUUUUCUUUUUAAUGGCAAGUAUACUUUUUAAAUAAUAAAAGAAAAAAAAAAGCUCUCUUCUUUCUUCAAUUUUCCCAAGAAAAGACCAACCGAAUCACGAAAAGAGACCCAACCAAAAAGCAUCAAAAAAGUUUUCCUCGAUUCACCAAAUCUUUGAUUGUAAAAGUCCUUUGGUUGUCAUUUUCCUGAAUUAAGGAUUUGCUGAAGAUUGAUCAGAUUAGAGCGUAGAUUUUCAGAUUGAUUUAUUUGCUUCUGUAGUUAACUGAGAAUGUGAAUUUGGAGCUCAUUCUUUGAAUCAAUGUCAAUGGGAGACCCACUUUGCAAUUCUGGUUCAAGUGGAAAUUCUGAAGUCAAAACUCUUGCUGUUAGAAACAAGGUUUAUAAGAGAAACCUAGGUGCUUCUGAUCCAAAAUCAUUUCCACUGAACGUGUAUAAGCAUAUUGCUUCUCUAAGCCAUAGCAGAAACACUGGUGCUGCAAUUGGUCAUAUAGCAAUCUUUUUACUCAAAGUUGCUGCUUUAGAGACUGUUAGAAGGGUUUCAAGGUCCAAGUGUCCCCCUUUAUGGCGCGGUCUUCAGGCUAUGCAAUUUCUUUGCUAUCCACCUUUUAAGUGGAUUCAGAAAUGGGCUCCCUUGAAGGGUUUGGUUAAAGGCGUGCAGAUGUUCUCGAGGCCUUUAUUAUUCCUCUCAGUUGCGACAGUCUUCUCUGAAGAAUUAGAAUGUGAUACUGAAACCUCAAACAAUGUCAGUGGUUCUCAGGCGCAUUCAGAUUCAGAAACAGAUUCUGACUCAAACAAUGUACAUUCUUCUCCUGAUUCAAGGUCAAAUGAUGGAGAAGUGUUGAUGCCUAAACCAGACCAUCUGGAGCUGGAUUUGGGUCAGUUAUUAUCUAGGGGCUGCAUACCCUGCACCAUAAGAUUUGUCAAGGACCUGCUGGACUUGGCAGGACAGAAAUAUUGGACUAGUGAUGUGAUUCUUCAAGAUGUUCCAUCUGAAAAUUGGUUGAUGCAACUCCAUAAAGAGCUAGUGAAUCAAGGCAUUACAUUACCAGAAAGAAUUAAUGAGGACGAGCUCCAUAGAUUCUUUACUGCUGCAAAUGGGGACUUCUCAUGCUUUCUAUCAUCAAUUAAGAAGACAAUCCGUUGGAGGGAGAAUUACAGAAUUCUUUCUGAAGAAGAGCUUGAGAUGUGGUCAAAUAUGGUCUUCUGGCAUGGAUAUGAUAUAGAGAAUAGACCUUGCCUUGUUGUGCGCCUUGGACUAGCUUGCCUGAACUUGCCAUCUCAUGAGAGACCUCGUUUUGCUCAAGCAGUCAUCUCUCAGGUAGAGCAUGGAGUCCUCCAUUUGGUUGACAAGGAUAAUCCUCAGAUUACAGUUCUUGUGGAUUGUGAUGGAAUAUCACCAUUGAGACUCCCCAUGCAGAUGCUGAGAUCUUGUUCUUCACUUCUGCAAAAUAAUUUUCCCAACAGACUGGGCCAUUUGCUUGUUAUACGACUUCCUCCAGUGGUUCGAGUUAUUGCUCAAACUUUUUUUCAAGUUCUGAAACCCGUAACUCAAAAGAAGUUGAGAAUUGAAGGAAACAUGUAUCGAAGGGUUAUCUGCGAAUAUCUUCAGACAAUCCCAUCAUAUCUUGGUGGCAGCUGCACUUGCAAGAUAUGCUCAAGCAUUAGCAGCAUUCAUGUCACGCGACAGAGACAUACUGUAAAUGAAAUCCGUCGAGCAGAGUCGACAGAAUAUUUAACUGAUGCCGAGGAUAUACCCUCAGCUCGCCUGACUUUUGAGGAUGAUGUUUCCAUGAAUGAGAACUGGGACCAGUUGUUGAGAACUGCUGUAAUUGGCGUGCUCAUGGUGUGGGCUUUUAUAGCACUGAUCGCUGUAUUACAUGAUCCUGAGAGCCGUCCUUUCUAGUCUUCUCAAGUUGAUCAUAACGACCUUGUAUCUCUCUUUGGUUGCCAGUCAUGUCUCGAUGCGUUAGAUGAGAUGCAGCUUCGGACUCUCCUCCCGAUAUCUGCUCUCUAGCCGAGGGAGUCUAUCCGGACUCAACUCGAAGAUGGAAUAACUACUGGCUAUUCUAGAUAUCUCUACCAUUUUAUUAUUCUUUCGGAUAGCUUUUUGGUAUGCACCACCAUAUCUGCUGGUAUUAAUGUUCCUGUCUAAGUUGAACAUAAUAAUGUUCCUGUAAUUAUUAUCUAUAGUAUAUUUUCGUAUCAACCCCAUAUUUUUGUGCAAGUAUUACUUUUAGUAAAACAAUUAGCUUUUAUCCCACAAUUUAAUUACUUGUA